CCUCAAAACUUCUCCACCUCCAAUUCUCAAGCUGUCCAAAUUCCUCACCCUCCCCGGUUUCACCUCUGACAUUUCUAAUUUUUAACUUCCCAACUCUCAGUGCUCUUACGAAGAGAACGAGUCGAGGUUGAAGUUAGUGCCCGCCGCCUCCACUGGAGAACCAAGGGGUGAAAAGCGUCUCGUAUACUAGCAUCUUCCAACUUGUGAGACGCCAUAGCUUCACAUAACGGCUAAAUUCAACAUCAUAGUAGCCGUAACAACUUGUACAUCGGCAUCAACCUCGCCAUGUAUCAAAACCCCUGGGAAGGAACUCUUAUCUGUAUCAACUUCUCGUCAUCAUGCUGCCGUUCUCACUUGAGGACUCCUUCAAGCCACCACCUAUUGUCGAGUGUCUUUCAGGAGAAGAGUGUCUUGGGUUCGGAAAGAAGGUCCAUGUUCCAAACAAAUUAUGCAUGGAGUGCCUCCGAAGGUAUGAUCCAGAACAACUUCGACUUCGCGCGGAUGGAAAUGUAGAGGCUCUAGGAAUAAUCGACGAGGAGAUUGCCCGCAAGCAACAAGUGAAGGGAAAUAUGGAAGCACGCGGUCGAUUUCUUUGCGCGUUCGAAGACCCAGAUUACCAAGACCGCCGCUGGCGCCGACCCGAUCUCAACCUUCGCGGAACUCGAUUAUCUUGCGCUGUAGUAAAGACAAAGGGCAUGGCUUGUGGAAAGUGUUGGAGACGGCACCUGGAAAAGAUUGCUGUGGUGCAAUACUUUAACCCCGCUGGGUUGUGCCAUGAGGAGGCUGACAAGGUGGUUGGAGGGAUAUUAACUUCUCGCUCUGGGUCAUCGGCAAUUAAUGAUGAUGAGGAUGAUGUGGAGGGCUACAAUAUCGUCAUGUCCUGAGCCAUCAAGGAGCAUGAGUGUAUAGGAAAGGGACUGUGUUGUGAGAAACACGAUCUGGAGGCUGUCCUAUUAAUGUCAUAUCCUGAAUCAUCGUCAAAUAUGAGAGUGAGGAGGGUUCCUUUUAUUGUCAUUCUAUAAUUCAUCACCAGACAUGAGUAUGUAAGAUGGGAGUAGCGUGAUGAGGAUGAUGGUGUCGUGUAAGUUUGGUGGUGAUGCAG